AAAAAGAAAAUAAAAGAAUAUACUUCAAGUAUGUCGAAAAGAUUGUCAGAAGCUUCAUUAAAAAAGUAUAAUAAUGAAAAUAUUAAACAAUUUUACCGUAUACUACUCACCACCACCACUACUUAUACUUCUGCCAUUCCUUCCUCUUCUUCUAUUUUUACUACCAAUCAAAAUCAAUUAAUGACAGUUGAUGAUUUAACUCGAAUUCUCAAAGAUAUAAAGGUUAGGAAACAAGUGCGUCAUGAUAAUGUUGAAUUUAAUCAUAAUUUUAAUUCAUCACUACUGACAACAUCAAUUUAA